AUGUGUGAGCAACUUUCUCUAAUAGAACAGGAGGAAGACGUACUGGUACUUGAAGAAGAAGAGGUGAUUACCCCCCAUCAGAGUGAGAAACGUCUGUUACUCAAACUUUUAUCCAGUAAAUAUUUUAACAAAGAGGCAUUCAAGAAUUCCAUAAAGCGUGUAUGGCAUCCAAAUAAGGCUCUGAGCAUCCGAGAUAUCUCUACCAAUCUGUUCCUGGCUGAAUUUGAAGACAAUCGGGAUAAAGAACGUGUUAAGCACGAUGAUCCUUGGGCUUUCGACGAACAUUUGGUCUUAACCAAAGAUGUGUUGAGCAAAUCAACAUCUCCUUCUCUGAGGCAAACUUCUGGGUACGAAUUUAUGAUCUCCUAG